AUGAAUCGCAUUGUGCGCGCACUAGCAAGACUAAAUGUUAAACGCAAUUUCAAUCGUGUUUCUUUGCUCCAACGUCUCGAAGAUCAUCCAUAUAUAUUCGACGGCAAUGUUCAAGAUAUUCCGCAAAGUUCGUCACGUCAAUUAUCGCCAUAUUUUAAUUUGAGCGAAUACGAGCGCAACCGCCUACUAGAUGUCAUAAAUGGAAGCCAUUUGGCACCUUCCGCGUCGCCAGUUAAACACGAUGUUGUGAAGGUGCCAUCACCACCGCAGACGGGUCCACAUCAGCAACAGCUUCAACAGCAACAUCCACAGCAGCAUCAUCAACAGCCUCAACCGCCGCCGCCGCCGCCGCCGCAGCAUCAUCAUCACCACCAUCAACCGCACCAACCGCAACAUCAGCAUCCGCAGCAACAGCAUUCACAUCAGGAGCAACACCAACCACCACAUCAGCUGGAAAUGCCGCCGACACAACGACAUCUGUCUCCAACUCUGAUGCCACCGAUGACUUCGGCUGAAUCAUUCUCAAGUGAGUUCAUGUAUUCGCUGUCAUCGAUCAAACCGGAAUCGUCGAAUUCGGAGGCGUCGUCGUCGUUCGAUUGCACAAUCAAUUCGGUGGCUCACGCGCAAAUCGACGACAUGUUUUCAACGCCGGACAAUCCGAGCGGCAGCAAUGGUAGCAGUUCCGGCGGUAGCGGUCGUCAAAUCAUGCGGCGGAAAGGUUCGCGGCGUAGCGAAUCGUGCAAAGCCAACUGCAAAAUUUGCGGACACGAUGUGAUGUAUUCGCCGCAACGCACGUGGAAUCUCAUGCGACACGUUUGGAUAAUGCACCAGUCAACGAAGCCGAAUCAAUGCUCGAUGUGCGGCUAUGCGCAUAUCAAACCGUACGUGCGGAAACAUAUCGAAGCAAUGCAUAAGGACCAAAAUGCCACCAUAAUAGAUUUGAAAUCUCCCGAACUUGAAGCUGAAUGGAGUGCCUUACUUGAUCAAUGCUUUGGGGUAACCUAUCGAAAAUGGAAACAUCAUAAAGAGGAAGCGCAUCAAGCGAUGAACGGUUCCAAUUAUCGCAAUGAACACUUCACUUCAGAAGAUAUGCAGCAGAAGUUUGUUGUAGUUGAGGUGAGUAGUACGCCGACGACGAUGACAUUGGUCGAAUAUCUCGUGACGCACGGCUUCGACAAAUUCGCUGUGGUCACCGACCUGUGCGAUCAUCCAUCGCUAAAGUACAAAGACGGCUCGGCAAGUCCGGAAUCGCCAUCGACGACAGUCUCGACAGCAGCCCAACACACGCCGCCAAGAACCGCAAUCUCAACGCCGACAUCGAUGACGACUCCAGUGCCGCCAGCGACUAAGCCAAGAGCAUCAAUUGACUCAAUUGCCAAUGCGUUAUCGAAAAAAUCAUCUCCACCACAAACGACAGAGAAGAAUCAGGUCAAUGGUGGCACAAACCUGACGGCGCCACAAAUUAGCCAGAUGAAUCUCUCAUUGACUCGAUUACUAGAAGAGCAACAGAAAAUUUGCCAAGUGCGCAAAGAGCAAGAACGUCAGCAGGCUGAAAUUCAACGCAUCAUUUUAUCGCAAGCAAACUCAUUCAACACUUUUAACGGACUCGAAGCAUUCAUGAAUCAUGAGAAGUCGCGUGAGACUCCAGACUUCGAAACCAGCGAGACAAUUUCGAAAGCGAGCUCAGAAGAUUUGAAGACAGAACAAACCGACAACUCGGGAACCGGCUCAAACUUUGAAAACGAUUUUGGUCUUGGACCAUCGGAUGAGCAAGUUCGCGCUUCGAUGAUGCACCUUCUCAAUCCAGCGUUUGGAUCGGCGUUCGGUUUCAUCGACGAUUCAUUCUUGAACGCUGCUUCAAGUGCGACGAAUAACACGACACCGUCGGGAAAGCGAAAAAAUGCCGACGGAUCUGCUCCGGCGACGAAGAAGCAUCGCUGGCUGCCGGUUGAUGAGCUCGAGGAGAGUCGUUCGGCGAGAGGAAAGAAUUGCGGUCGUGUGCACUGCAAGGCCACCUACAAAUGCGCGUUGUGCGGUAAACCGACGACUUUGAACUCGACCGGUUCGAGGUGGAACCUUCUUCGCCACGUCAUUAUGAUCCAUUCGGACUGCAAACCAUACAAGUGCUGGGAUUGCGACUUCACCGGAAUAAAAUCGAACGUGAUCUCGCACGCGCGACAAUGUCGACAUCGCGCCGACGACGCGCACGAUAUAACGACCGAUGAGAUGCGCGCUGAAUGGAAUGCGCUUCUCCAUGAAUGCUUUCCGGAUUACGUCCGUGCCAAGGAACGCGGAUGGCAGCCGGAAGAGACCCCAAGCGUCAACGCUACACCGGAAAAGAAGAUCGAGCCAACGAUUCCGUCUCUUGCUGAUAUUCAAAAGCUCGCCGAGUGUCAAAACGUUAAGAUUGAAUGUUAG